GAAGUAAAAAACACAGGCAACAGUGUUCUCUCAUGUUUGAACCUGACACAGCAAGACAGCAGCCAUUCCUGAGCUAAUCUGACGGAGUUAUAGAUCUUAACUUCACUGCCCACUCCCCACCAAACCCCUAGAUGGCGUAUUCCACCAAAACUCUUGCUGCUGGCUCGUUUGGGAAGGUAUACAGGGAGAAGUACAAUGACACCUGGGCUGCAAUCAAGAAGGUGCCACAACACUUAAUCAAUAGGAGAGACCUGGAGAGAGAGUGUCAAGUAUACAAUAAAGCGAUUCAUCCUAACAUAGUGAAGCUUCUGGGUAAUCCAACACUCAAGGACUCUAAGUGGAUCAUCCCCAUGGAGUUCAUCUUUGGAGAGGAACUGGAGACAACCAUCUUCAAAUCACAAAAAUCGAAAAUACAGUUAACUCCAUCGAUAAAGGCCGCCAUCAUCACAGGCAUGUGUGAAGGACUGCUUCACCUACACAGCAAAGAUAUCGUCCAUCAGGACCUCAAGCCUGAGAACAUCAUGGUAGAGCAUGACACUCACCGACCUGUGAUCAUUGAUAUGGGACUGGCCAAAUUCUUCCGCAAUGGCCUAAAUUCUGCCGUGGAUAUGGGCAAUGAGGCCUACUCUCCACCUGAGGUCCUGCAGAGGAGGGGCCACCGAGACCAGCGUUCAGACGUGUGGGCUAUGGGUAAAAUCAUUGCUGAACUCUGUGCCAGAGUCAGGCUGCACACCCCCAGUGUCUGUCCGGCUAAGAUCCAGGAGAUCCUCAGUCUCCAAGGACAGCAGUACUGUAACGCUGUCUGUAGGAUGGUGCAGAGCGACCCCACAGUGCGAGCCACCAUGGCCGGGAUCAUGCCAGAGAUACGAAGGGCAGUGGGAGGUGGCAACACCGGGGAGCAACAAAGAGAACAUCUUCCGACACCCUUUCCUCACACUGAGAUAAAAGUAACAUCGCCACGUCCUCAAGCUCCGGUACAGAAUUCAACCCCUCUAUCAAGAGCUGAGUGCGCAGCCUCACCAAGGCCUGAGGUCAAGACGCUAGUGCGAGCUCCUGUGCGAGCGCCUUCUCCAUCGAGAUGGGAGCGUGCAGCCUUGCCAAAGACUGAGGUCAAGACUGAGGUCAAGACAACACUGCAACCACAACCCGUACAGCGUUCACCUUCCCCGUCAAGGUGGGAGCGUGCACCCUUGCCAAAGACUGAGGUCAAGACUGAGGUCAAGACAACACUGCAACCACAACCCGUACAGCGUUCACCUUCCCCGUCAAGGUGGGAGCGUGCAGCCUUGCCAAAGACUGAGGUCAAGACUGAGGUCAAGACAACACUGCAACCACAACCCGUACAGCGUUCACCUUCCCCGUCAAGGUGGGAGCGUGCAGCCUUGCCAAAUCCUGAAGUCACAAACUCACCAUCUCCCCUUCCAAAGGUAGACAAGGGUAAUGCACUGGUUCCAUCAGGCAUGGUUCAACCCAGUCAAGAUGUCCUGAAACAGCUUCUCUACGACGAGGCCUCGAAGGGUCUCCCAUGCCCACUCCCAACAACGGGCAAGGUGCGAAUCCGCCGUUAUGAGCAAAGGAAUGGGGAAGUGGAGACUUGGGAGCAAAAGGAGGUGGAGACUGAAGGAGGGAGGAUAGUCAAGUUUGAGGAGGUGAUGUUUAACAACAAGUCAUAAGUAGGUUAUUGAGAGGUUGCGAGUUGAUUUGACUCUGCUUCUGAAAUAGUUGGGAGUUGAUUUGACUCUGGUCACUACCCUGACAUCCUUCAUUGUAAAAGUCUGACAUUUUUAUGGAGAAUGGGAAGAGUAUAUUUGGGAGGUGGGACAAACUAAUGGAAGUGCCUAAAAACAAAGUGACACAAUAUCCCACUACGUGAGACCCCCCCCCCCCCCCCACAAAAAAAAAAAAGACUAUUAACAACAAAAGUUGUCUUGCACUGGUAAGAAGGAAACAUUUGAGUGAGUUAAGGUUGAGUAAGGAUUUAGGGAUGAUCUUGAAUGUACUAUCACUUCUUCUAAUGCUACAUCAUGUUACAGUAUGGCUACAAUGUUGCACAACUGGUUAGGUGACAGUGUACAGAGGCACCUGGAGUCAAAUAACUAUCUGUGAAUGUUUUUUUAAACUUUUUGUUUUGGGAAUCUCAUCCUUGUUGCAAAUCAGUUGACUCUUUAGCUCUAUAUCAUACAUUUGACUGUGUACAUACAGUACCAGUCAAUAGUUUGGGCACUCCAACUCAUUCAAGGGUUUUUCUUUUCUUUUUACUAUUUUCUACAUUGUAGAAUAAUAGUGAAGACAAAAACUUUGAAGUAACACAUAUAGAAUCAUGUAAUACCCCCAAAAAGUUUUAAAAAUCAAAAAAUAUUUUAGAUUUUAGAUUCUUCAAAGUAGCCACCCUUUGCCUUGAUCACAGCUUUGCACACUCUUGGCAUUCUCUCAACCAGCUUCACCUGGAAUGCUUUUCCAACAGUCUUGAAGGAGUUCCCACAUAUGCUGAGCACUUGUUGGUUGCUUUACCUUCACUCUGCGGUCCAAUUCAUCCCAAACCAUCUCAAGUGGGUUGAGGUCGGGUGAUUGUGGAGGCCAGGUCAUCUGAUGUAGCACUCCAUUGCUCUCCUCCUUCUUGGUCAAAUAGCCCUUACACAGCCUGAAGGUGUCCUGUUGAAAAACAAAUGAUAGUCCCUCUAAUUGCUAACCAGAUGGGGUGGUGUAUUGCUGCAGAAUGCUGUGGUAGCCAUGCUGGUUAAAAGUGUGCCUUGAAUUCCAAAUAAAUCACAGACAGUGUCACCAACAAAGCACCCCCACACCAUCACAUCUCCUCCUCCAUGUUUCACGUGGGAACUACACAUGCAGAGAUCAUCCAUUCACCUACUCUGCGUCUCACAAAGACACGACGGUUGGAACCAAACAUCUCAAAUUUGGACUCAUUAGACCAAGGACAGAUCUCCUUGGUCUAAGCAAGUGUUUCUUGGCCCAAGCAAGUCUCUUCUUAUUAUUGGUGUCCUUUAGUAGUGGUUUCUUUGCAGGAAUUUGACCAUGAAGGCCUGAUUUACGCAGUCUCUUCUGAACAGUUGAUGUUGAGAUGUGUCUGUUACUUGAACUCUGUGAAGCAUUUAUUUGGGCUGCAAUCUGAGGUCCAGUUAACUCUAAUGAACUUAUCCUCUGCAGCAGAGAGAACUCUGGGUCUUCCUUUCCUGCGAGCCAGUUUCAUCAUUGCGCUUGAUAGUUUUUGCGACUGACUGCACUUGAAGAAACUUUCAAAGUUCUUGAAAUGUUCCGUAUUGACUGACCUUUAUGUCUUAAAGUAAUGAUGGACUGUCGUUUCUCUUUGCUUAUUUGAACGGUUCCUUCCAUAAUAUGGUCUUGGUCAUUUUACCAAAUAUACCACACCUACCGUGUUACAACACAACUGCUCAAACGCAUUAAUUUGUGGAAUUUCUUUCCUUCUUAACUUUUAACAAGGCACACCUGUUAACUGAAAUGCUUUCCAAGUGACUACCUCAUGAAGCUGGUUGAGAGAAUGCCAAGUGUGAUAAGCUGUCAUCAAGGCAAAGUGCAGCUACUUUGAAGAAUCUCAAAUAUAAAAUAGAUUUGGAUUUGUUUAACACUUUUUUGGUUCCUACAUAAUUCCAUAUGUGUUAUUUCAUAGUUUUGAUGUCUUCACUAUUAUUCUACAAUCUAGAAAAUAGUAAAAAUAAAGAAAAACCCUUGAAUGAGUAACUUGUCCAAACUUUUGACUGAUUCUAUGGUAAUAAGCAUUUGUUUUGUAUCAUCUAAGACAAAAAAGUUGUUACAUUUGUCUUACUCUUAAGAAUAAAAGCAUCUAUUUAUGAAAA